ACUUUCUGAGUUUAAAAUUAGUUUCAUGUUGUCAUAGUUACCUGUGCAUUUUAUUAAGUAAACAAACAAUAAACUCGACAAUAAAAAAAAUCGAAAUUCACUUCAUUAGAGAAAAAGUAAACCUGAUAUCAUAUUAUAAUUAAUAAAAAAAUUUACAAAAAAAAUGGUUUCAAAUUUAAAAAUUAAUCUACCCAAUGGACAUGAAAUGCCAGCUUUGGGAUUUGGAACGUGGGAGAUUCCAGAAGACGAUAUUGAAGUAAUUUUAAAUACUGCUUUAAAUGCCGGCUAUAGACAAAUAGACUGUGCUGUUUUUUAUCAAAAUGAAAAAGCAGUUGGAAAAGUUUUGAAAAAAUGGCUCGACUCGGAAAAAAUUACAAGAGACGAACUUUUUAUUGUUUCUAAAUUACCAUUUAUUGGAAAUGAUCCAAAUAAAGUGGAAAAAUGGUUGAAAAAUUCAUUAAAUGAUUUGCAAUUAAAUUAUUUGGAUCUCUAUUUAAUUCAUGGUCCAAUUGGAUUUGAAGAUAUUAAUGAGGAAAUGUUUUCGUUUCAUGAUAAUGGAGAUGUAAAAUUAGACAUGUCAACUGAUCAUCUUGCAAUUUGGGCUGAAUUAGAAAAACAAGUUGAAGCAGGAAGAACACGUGCAAUUGGUCUAUCAAAUUUCAAUAAAUUGCAAAUAGAAAAAAUUCUCGAUUUUGCUACAAUACCAAUUUCAAAUUUACAAAUUGAAUUAAAUGUUUAUUUUCAACAAAAUGAAUUAAUUGAAUUUUGUAAGGAAAAUGAAAUUACCGUUACUGCAUAUUCGCCAUUGGGUUCUAGGGGGCUUGCAACACUAUUUGGAAAAAUUGAAAUUGUACCAAAUUUACUGUUGGAUCCAACAAUUCAUGAAAUAGCAACGAAACAUAAUAAAACUCCAGCUCAAAUAGCGCUACGUUUUAUUUUGGAAAAAAAUAUAUCAGUCAUUCCAAAGAGUCGUAACACAGAGAGGAUAUAUGAAAAUAUUGAUAUUUUUGAUUUUGAACUUGAUUCAGAAGAUGUGAUUGAAUUAAAUAAUUUGGAUAUGGGAUCAGAGGCAAGAAUUUUAGAUUUUGCCUCAUUAUUCAGAGGUAGUGAAAAACAUCCUGAAUUUCCGUUUUAGAAUUUUUUUUCCGUAGUAAAUUUUUUUUUUUUUUUUUAUUACUAAAAAUUGUAAACAUAUUUUUUUUUUGGAAAUUGUUAAUUUUGGAUAAUUUUAUCGAGAAUAUUUUAAUUGUACAAUAGUAAUAAUAAAAUAUAAUAAAACAAAAUAAAAUGUAAUAAAAUAUAAUAAAAUAUUUGUAGUGCU